AUGAGACGCUGUCGCCUUGUCUUGCAGCGAGACCUCCAGGCUAAGCUGGCGCUGCGCUACACGGAGAUCUCCAAGAGAACCCAACCUCCACCUCGGCUCCCGGUAGGUCCCAGUCAUAAGUUCGCCAAUAAUUAUUAUUGUAGCCGGGAUGGACGCCGAGAAUCCCUCCCGCCUAUCGUGGUGGUGGCAGCACAGAAAACCAUCACUGCGGGGGCUCAGGCUGGCAGUUCAGACUCUGCAGUGACAACAGCUGAGAAAAAACCAGUGACACCAGGACCAACACUUAAGAAGUGGGAAAUUUCAAAAGACCAGCCCUACUUGUGA